AGUACGCUGCGGGCGCCCGUGGCAGACGCACGAAUGAACGGGAGGCUUAUGCGAAUUUUCGGAAAAAAUCGUAACAACACGGGGCAAAAAUAAAGUAAAUCGAAAACAUAUUACAUUUUUUCAUAGUUCAGUGCAAAGUGUGAUUAUUUGGGAUUAGGAUUCAUAUUGUGUUAUCAUUUUAAAUAAUAAUUUGAUAGAGUAUUUGAAAAUGGUAUUACUCGUUCCGUGACAGUGAAUAAUGGUGAAGUGAUAAAGAAACAAAAUUUAUGUGCAAAAGGUUUUGAUGACUUCAAAUAUGGAAUCACGUAGACAAUGGUUCUGGCUGAUUCUGCAAACGUUCGUGUUGCUGCCGGCGAUUGAUAUGAAAGACUACGUGACGAACAGGAAAAUAGACGUCCCACAGUUUGAGCGUCCGAUUGGAAACCACACCUUCCUUGUCGGAAGGGAAGCAGUUCUCGGAUGCUCUGUCAUUAACUUGGGGAAACAUAAGGUGGGAUGGCUUCGAGCGGAAGACCAGACGAUACUAACCAUGCACGACCGUCCAGUCCUCGGGUCACGGUACUCUGUUAACAUGGACGACCCCAUGACCUGGAAGCUGAGGAUCAAGCCGCUGAGAGCUGAAGACAGGGGCUGCUAUAUGUGUCAGAUCAACACACAGCCCAAUAUGAAGUGGCAGAUUGGCUGCAUCGAUGUUUAUGUGCCACCAGACAUCAUAAACGAUGACACAUCGGCCGACGUGUCUGCGCAAGAGUUGGACAACAUCACCCUGGUGUGCAAGGCGAGUGGACAUCCACCACCAAAGAUCACGUGGAGGAGAGAGGAUCAUGAGCAAAUGCUGUUGAAGAAAGUAGGGGGAAGGGAUUUUUACAAAGUGGACAGCUAUGUCGACAGUGUUCUACCUCUGUGGCGAGUCGACCGCAGACAGAUGGGGUCAUUCCUUUGCAUCGCAUCCAAUGAUGUACCACCAGCUGUCAGUAAAAGAAUCACCCUUAGUGUCAAUUUUCCACCUACAGUGGUAGUGCCAAACCAGCUCCUAGGCGCUCCACUGGGGACCGACGUCUACCUGGAGUGCACAGUGGAGGCAUACCCUAAUACCAUCAACUACUGGCUUAAGAACAGAGGAGAGAUGCUGUUGGAUGGGCCGAAAUACAUGAUAAGUGAGGAACGUUCCUCAUACAGAGUUUCAAUGACGCUGGUCGUACGACACUUCGGCAAGGCGGACAUUGGUACUUACAACUGUGUCAGCACCAAUUCACUGGGAAAAAGUGAGGGCACGCUUAGACUUUACGAAAUAAAAGUUUAUCCGACUGUACAAUCAGCGGCCGAGGUGAACGUGGGCGGUCUCACAGAAGGAGGGAUGAAACAAAAAUCACAAUUUAGCCAUGCUACUAUUAGUCAUUGUCAUAGUUUAACAAUAAUAUUAAUAAUUCUUUGUUCAUUUCUUUAAGAAAAAAUAACAUUUUGUAAUAUAAAUUUGACUGAUGUAAUUUUAAUAUGCAUAUCAAUAUGUUCAAGUUUAUAAAAAUAGUAUAAAUAAUGCAAAUUAUAUCACCUCAUCGAAGUCCAAUGCUCUAAAUGAUGAAUGCUCUAAUAAUGAUUUAAUUGAUGUCUAAAAAAGUAAUAAAAAAAUAACGAUACUGAAAGUUUUAAGAUAACAUUUUUACAGCAUAUUUUUUAAAAAUUAUAGAGAUAAAAUGAAUUAUUAUUCUUUUUACAUAUUUUAGUUAUGAAGUUUCUAAUGUCCUGCAAGAAUGUAUCGGUUGCACCAUUCAACUUUAACGUUAACUUGAACCUGCACAGAAAAACGCAAAGUAGGUACCUAUGUAAUUUGUCUAAACGUCAGCGGCGCGCAGGCAAAGUUGUCUGGUGCAAGUCGCUCUUAGUAAGUUAACUUAAGUAAGAAAUUAAUAUAAUUAGGGAGCUAAUUAUAAUACUUUUAGACAGGGGUGUAUAACUGUUGGCUCGUUGUGCAGUGGACUGUUAAUUAUUAAUGUUUUUCGGAGCUGGUUAAAUAAAUAUUAUACCGAGAUCACA